AUGGAAAAAGCUUUGAUUUGCUCAGUACUACUGAUGAUGAUGGUCAAUAUGAUUUCAUCAUCAUCAUCAUCGAUAGUAUUAUCUAAUAAUAAUGAUAAUAAUAAUAAUUAUGAUGAGAAAAUCGGAGGAGUAUUUGUAUACAAAACAACGGUAAAAAUCUUUAAUAACUUGAAGGAUGGGGUCCAACUUACAGUUCAUUGCAAGUCUGCUGAUGAUGAUUUGGGAGCUCAUGUUGUGGCCAACAAUGGAGAAUACGAGUUCAAAUUUAGAAUCAAUUUCGCAGGUACUACGUUGUAUAACUGUGGUCUUACAUGGAUUGGGGCGACUGGAUCUUUUGAUUUGUUUAAGGCAAGCAGAGAUUCCUUAAGAUGUGCUAACACGUGUGUUUGGAGGGCUCAUAAUGAUGGUGUUUAUGGCUUCAAAGAGGAUAGCACCAAACCUGAUAUUAUUUACAAAUGGGCCUAA